AUGUCAUCUCGGGCAAUUCGGAAACUGCAAAGGCUCCGUGAGCAGGAGCAGCAGUCCUCGGAGCCAAAAGAUGAAUCAAGUGAAGACGAAGCCCCGCGCCCCGCGAAGCCAAAAUUCAAUGCCUUUGAUUUACUGAAUGCCGGAGAGGACGAUGAGGAUGAUGAUCCGGAGGAGGACGAGGUUACUGAGCAGCCAUAUGAGGAACCGGCCGUGCAGUCAUCAGAGCCCGAGCCCGUGCCCAAGUCCAAACCUUCGAAGAAGAAGAAGAAGAAGAAGGCUUCCAAAGCCCCUGCGCCGAGCAGCGGCGCACCAGAGAAGCCCAAUGAAGAAUUCGAUGAGAUUGAUAAAGCCUUGAAUGCUUUAUCAAUGAAUGCGCCGAAUUCAUUUGGCGCCGGCACUUCGACCGAUUCUACAGGCGCACAAGCGGCAGUCUUCCCGAUGACAACAAACGAAGUGCUUGGUAUUGAACCCAAGUAUCUCAAUGCGACAAACGAAAUGCGCCGACUAUUUGGAAAUGUUGUUUUGGAAAACUUCGAUCAACCAGCCGACGCUGGAGCGGGCCGUCGUCGAGAUCGCAAUCGACAGAUGAUCGAUCUUGCUCAGGCUUUGACGGGAAGAUACAGCCCAGCCAGUAGAGGCUUGAGCUUGGGCGGAGUCACACAGCGGAAGAACGUUCUGAUGCAAGGCAAGGAUGAUUGGCCACGUGCUCCCAGUGGAGGGCUGGGCAUGGAGUUCCAACAGAAGUCCCGCACGGGUGAAUCUUUGUUCAAGCUCAUCCACAACACCGCCUACCAGGAUGUUCAAAGGCAGUUCGAUCUCUGCGUCGAAUCUAUGGAUCCCCAGAGAAUGAUCGGUCAUCUGCAAUACAACCCCUACCACAUCUCUACGCUCCUCCAAGUUUCAGAGAUUGCCAAACAUCAAGGUGAUCACGCUGUUUCUGCCGACCUCAUGGAACGAGCGCUUUUCAACAUUGGGCGCUCAGUCCACUCCUCGUUUGCCGAGUGCCUCAAACGUGGUGAGGCCAGAAUCGACUUCAUUCAUGACGAGAACCGAGAGUUUUUCCUAGUGGGAUGGAGAUACAUUUCCAACCUAGGCAUGAAGGGAACCUGGAGAACCGCGUAUGAGUGGUCUAAGCUGUUGCUUAGCUUGAAUGAUACUGAUCCAUAUUGCAUGAAACUGCUCAUUGACCAUCUUGCUCUGCGGGGUAGAGAGUACGCACAUUUUGUACAAAUGUGCACUCAAACCCGCUUCAGUCAAGACUGGGCAGAUCUCCCCAAUAUUCAAUGCUCUCUGGUCAUGGCGUACCUACGUCUGAACAAGCCCAAAGAGUGUCGCGAGCAACUACACCGCGCCAUGUCUCGCUACCCAUGGGUGUUCAGCAGAUUGGCCCAGGAACUUGAUCUCAAACACGUCCCCAAGGCCAUCUGGGGCAAGAUGCCUCCAACAGGCUCCCACGAACUGCUGGCGGAGCUCUAUAUCUCUCGCGCCAAGGAUCUUUGGAACACUCCCGAAGCUGUUUCGCUCAUCAUGGAAGUCGCCGACUCUAUCACCGGCGAGGCCGAGCCCAUCGAGCCUCCAGAGAUCACAUUGUCAAUUGCUCGUCAUGUAGUCGUGUCCGAUCUCCCUAAGGUGACGACCCAUCUUCCAAACCACUUUGUGGCUGGUCGACUGUCAUCCUCCGAUCCCCUUCCCCCGCCUGGAUCCAACGCUUAUGCGCAACAAUCCGAGCCUCAGCCUAUGUAUGUGGCUCCUGCUGGAGCUGGUGGCGAAAAUUGGCUACAGGAUCUUCUCGGUCAGAUCAAUAACCGCAACCGCGAGGCCGGCGACCCCGGUGAAGCGGGCCCAUUCAUCGGGGGCUUCGGCGAUGAUGAGGAUGAAAAUGAAGAUGGAGGUGCCAAUGCGGCCGACGAGCAUUAUGAUAUUCCUACAUCGCGUCCUCCGCUUGGUGAUCGGGCGGCCCUUGAGGGAUGGCUUUCCCGGGAGGGUCUGCAGACCCUCCGGAUUUUCCUGUCCCAAUACGGUGUUGACCGGGGUAACUGGAGUGAAGUUGUGGUGGACUAUGCCCCCUUGACUAAUUAUCUCCAGGCAUUGGAUGGCAUCACCGAGGCUUCUCGACAACGGCUGUUGCAAGGCGCCAUCAAAGAUUCUCUGGGUGACUUCGCAGUGGCCAUGUUGGAGGAUGAAUAUGCCAACAUGCGCGAGGAAUAA